AUGGCCGCAUCACCAGCAGCCACCACCCCUACAGCCCUCAAUGAUGUCAAGCCCAUACUCUCGCGACAGCCUUCGCUCUGUAUGAAACCGGCCCAGUCUCCAGCAGCCGCAUCACCUCCAGCAGCCUCACAAGCACCGCUGUCGUUGACAAGCAAGGAAUGGGUAAUCCCUCCACGUCCAAAGCCGGGUCGAAAGCCCGCCACCGACACUCCACCAACGAAACGCAAAGCCCAAAAUCGGGCUGCUCAAAGGGCUUUCAGAGAAAGACGAGCCGCUCGUGUUGGAGAACUUGAGAUACAGAUGAAGCAGCUCGAAGAUGAGCAUGACCAGGAGAACGAUAGUCUAAGGGAAACGGUAGCCAGACUUGAAAAAGAAGUUGAACAGUACCGUUCUGAUCUGGUCAGCUGGGUCGACCGUUGUCGAAGACUCGAAAGUGAAUUGAGUGCGAUCAAGUCCACCCAGAAAAGCACCAACACAUCUAACAAUAGCUCCCCUGGUGCUGUGCAUGAUCCCGUGCCAAUUGACCAAGCAGUGGGAUGUGGAAACUGUACAUUGGAAACACGAUGUCAGUGUAUUGAUGAUGCUUUUACUGCCAUGGGAGGCGAGGCUGCAAAUUCAAUGCAUCAACAUGAGAAACGACCCCAUUCACCAGUUCACAUGUACAGUGAAAAGAGGAUCAAACCUGAGCCAAAGGAGGUGCUUGAAAUCGACUUUACUGAGGUUUACGCAGCAAAGGCCGUUCCAAGUCUUACAACACAGGAUGAGAGAUCACCCACAUCGGCUGUGGCCGACCCCUGUGGAUUUUGUUCUGAUGGCACGCCGUGCAUAUGUGCCGAGAUGGCUGCUGAACAAGAACAAGCUGAUUCUGUGCCCUUGAGCCUUCAAAGACCUGUGGCGGUCAUCAAUCCUCCCAGACAGCUUGAUCAAUUCACUCCGCCACCAUCAGAGGGCGAUGUCUCGAUAUCAAUUCCUGCUACAGCUCCUCCUGCCGGUUGUGCCUCAGGGCCAGGAACGUGUUCCCAAUGUCGUGCCGAUCCAAACAGCACUCUUUUCUGCAAGUCUCUUGCUGCUUCCCGAGCCCAAUCAGCUGCUGGUACACCCUCUGGUUGUUGCGGUGGUCAGACUCCCGGAGGCUCAUGUUGUCAAACCCAAACCCCAUCCCGCACGGAUUCAGUCCCUUUACCAUCUCGGACGACAAGGUCUCGUACUGCCGCACACACACGUCUACCACCCAAAGCUGGCCUCACUCUCACCUGCGCGGAUGCAUACACUACACUCAGCCGACAUCCUGCCUACGAACGAGCUUCAGGCGAUAUCGCCAAGUGGCUACCAAAAUUGCAUGCUACAGAAGCUGGCGCUAGUAUGAAUGGCCGUCCGGCUCUCGAGAUUGAUGCUGCAAACGUCAUGGCGGUUUUGAAAGAUUUCGAUCGUCGUUUCGGGCAGAACCGUUGA